GUCUCCUUUCCCAACUUCUCAUUUCUCUCUUUCGCAGUGAAACUUUAUAAAAACAGUACUGAGAAACCAAGAUGACCACGCUAAACAUGGCGGAAACCCUAGAAAACCUAAUCGAUAACUCCCAAGAAACGGAUUACACCUACGAUCCUGAAGAAGAUGACAUUGAUCUCUCCCUCCUCCGUCUCAACAGCUUCGGGAACUCCUCCGAUCGCCGCCGUGCGAACUCGUCUCCUCCGCAGUUUCGAUCAUACGGAUCUUUCGGCUCAUCUUCGACCGCCGGAAUAACCAGCCCCGUGAAACGUCCAUCGCCGGAAUCGAAGGAUGCUGAGGAGCCGAGACGCAAGAAGCUGUUUCUUCAACGACCUGAGGAGGAAGAGCAAGAAGUAGUAGAAGAAGACGCGAAUCUCAUGGGAUAUUCUAAGAUUCCGCUUCCGGUGGUUGUUCUCAACCCGAAUCGAAUCCGUUCGCCUAUUUACAAGCGAUCUUUAUCGGAUACAUUUGCUUCGCCCGCUGGAUCUAUGCUCGGGUCGGGUAAUUCACGAAACGGCGUCGCUCAAGAAACAUCGCCGCCUUUAGGUAAUUCCCCUUCUCUCCCGCCGCGUCCACCGAUGUUCAGGAGGUCUGUCUCCGAUGUUUCUCCCGCACCUUCCUCUUCCAAGUCUCUUCUUAGAUCUUCUCGCUCCAAUGCAAUUCGUGAAGGUGAUUUCGUGAAUCCAGAAAGCUCUGAAGCCAAUAAGAUGCUGUAUGUUAUCAAGGAUGGAGUUCGUGAAUUGGAUCAAUGGUGUAACAAGCUCCUUAAGUACGGUGAAGCAGCAGUCUCCUCUGUGAAACAAGACGACAGUCCUAAGUGCCAGGUAGAAGAUGAGGUAGUAGUACAAGAGGAGCAACAGAAAGAGGGUAAAGAAGGUGUGAAGGUGGAUAGAGUUGGCGAGGCCUUUGUGGUUGAGAUCAACUGUCCAUGUGGAAGAAACUACCGAACUCUCUUCUCAGGCCGUGACUGCUACUACAAGCUCUUGUAGAAAUGGUGACUGCUACUUUUUGCAGUUGUUGACAUUCACAUUCUUUGAUCAUCAUUCAUCACCAUUAGUUGAAGGAGUAUAUCUCAUGCUCUGCAUAUUCAUCACAUAGGUUUUCUGUAGAUAAACAACAUGACACACUGUGACUGUUUCGUGCUUGUAUAGAUACUAGCUAUACACAUCUGUUCCAUUCUCAUAUACACACUGUUUCGCCCUUGUAUAGAUACUAACUAUACCUAUAUACAUUUGUCCCCUUGUCAUAUACUCUUGGUGUAUUCGGUUACUUGAAAAUACUCUUAAACAUGUUUCAUAUGGAAAGUUUGAUUUC